CCAGCGUGCCUCACUCAGGACGCGAGGACUGCAUUUCGCCUACAACGACUGGCGUCUUGUCCCAGUUCCGAGACUGUUCCGAGACUGUUGUAGCCAAGGCUGAGCCGAAGCCGAUGCUGAGUGGGCAGCUGGUCAGGCGUCUGCUCUCCAUGGCCGGCCGCAUCUGCUUGUCCCGGGGCACCUCGGGAUCCGGGACCAUAGGUCCCGUCGAAGCCGCCAUUCGCUCGAAGUUGGAGCAGGCCCUGAACCCCGAAGUUUUGGAGCUCCAUAACGAGAGCGGCGGCCACGCGGUCCCACCGGGCAGUGAGACGCAUUUCCGCGUGGCGGUGGUGAGCUCUCGCUUCGAGGGACUGAGCCCUCUGCAGCGGCACCGGCUGGUCCACGCUGCUCUGUCCGAGGAGCUAGCUGGGCCGGUCCACGCGCUGGCCAUACAGGCGCGGACCCCUGCGCAAUGGAGGGAGAACCCUCAACUGGACGCGAGCCCCCCCUGCCUGGGUGGAAGCAAGAAAACUCGAGGAACCUCCUGAACCCCAUGAGAACAAGGACCAGAGAAGCCCAGUGGAUUGGGUGAGAGUGAACUACUGGGGCCGUCCCUUUAGUACAGUCCAAUACUUGUAAGGGAUGAGGACCGCUAGAGUCCCGUUCAACUGGCACAAACAUUAUUCUCUGGAAAUAACAAUUCAUUUCAGAUCAAAGAUAACCCCAAAAAAGACUAGAAUCACUACUGCUUUUGCCUUGGACUAUUCAGGAAAAGCUGCCUAGUUGUUUUGAAGCUAAAUUGUGACCAAGAAGCCACCAGAUCUGAUGAGUUAGAAAUAAUCCUGUAUAUUAAAGAGAAAUUAUCAUAUGAAGUGUGUUGCUGUGUUAUUAAUGGCAUGUCGAAUCAGUGCUACAGAUGCUCUUGAGAGAAGAAAAACACCUGUAGCCUAGGUUAAUUAGGGAGGGCAUCAUGGGGAAGUGACUUAGUUGGAUCUUCAAAGGAAAGAACAGAAUUAAACCAGAAAGGAAGGAUGUAGCAGGCGAGGGGAAGAGC